UGAAUGACGUUUCUCUUCGAAAUUCUUCGCAAAUAUUCUGUUGAAAUCUGCGAAAAUGAAUCCCGUCAAGUCGCUCAUGAAAGAAAAGCAAAGAUUGGAAGAUCUGUCUGAUAAUCUGAAUGAAGAGAUGAGGAAAUAUGAGGCACUGAGAAACACGCCAUACCCAUAUCAGCUUUGGCAGAGGAUACCGAGAUGCAACUUGAAACUGCAAGAACUCAAGCCCAACUAUUACUUCGAUGCAAUAAACGUCAUCGAGGAGUAUUAUCUCAACGAGGAACCCUUAUUCCAAAAUAUGGGCUUGGUUGAAGAUUGCGAUUCUUCCAAGUCGUUCAGAUGGAGGGUUUUAAACAACUUGAAGAACUCAACAUCGGUCAUUGCAUUAAAUGAGGGAAAUCUUCUGGAGAUUGCCGGUGUGCUCGUGUUGGUAGAAGUAACAAGAAAUUAUUUCAGUAGAAACAUGAGUAGGGAAGACUUGGUGCAAGGUCACUGUCACAAAAUGUAUGUGAAGCUUACCAGCACGUUGAUAUAUGAUGUCGAUCUAUACUCCAUGUUUGAUUGUUUCAUAUUCUUGAGAAUAUACGCUUUGUGCAUCAAACCUAACUACAGGCAUAUGGGUCUGGGAUUAAAAUUUUUCGAAACUGCAAUAUAUGUUGCUCAGUCUUUGAGGAUUCCAGUAAUUAUGGGUGUGUUCACCGAUUCUUGCUUGCAGGUGUUGGCCAGAAAAAUUGGGAUGACUGAAAUAAAGAAGAUAAAAUAUUCGGACUGGAAAGAUUUCGACAACAAUGAGAUAUUCCCUAAUCUGAGGCAGGAUCGAACUAGCUGUUCCCUAAUGGCUGGAAGAGUACCAUUACCUCCACCACCUCCAGUAACCGAGACCAUAAUAGUGGAAGAACCACGAAAGAAGAAGAAAUAACUGUUUUAGAUUCCAAUUUAUAGUAUUUGUGCAUUCUUAGUAAUAUAUAUAUUCA